AAUGGAGGGCCACACUGGAACUAGAAGCCAUUGGGUUGUCCACAAUCCUUAUAAAGACGGGCAACACGAAUUGAAGUUCAAAGUCUGAUGCACUGUAUCUGCAUCAUUUUUAAGACCUGUCGGAUGCACAGCUUGCUACAUAUUUUUAUUAUUGCAGAGUGGGCACCCUCAGUAAUAAACCAUUUCAGAUUUGCUAUAUAUAUGCAAGUGCAAUAGACAGAAUGUCAAGGCAAAACACUCUCUCUUGUUUUAUAAUUAAGGUUGCCCAAAAACCUGAACAAAACCAUUCACGCAAGGCUUAUAAUUUAAUUAAGAUGGGUUGCUGGUCUGCUGAAAAUGCCACUAAAGCUUAUCUCAGAACCAUCAAAAUGGGAAAUACUGAUAAAGAACCGAAUGUAGCUGAGUUCAUUUCAGCACUAUCAGCUGGAAACAAUGCACAACUGAUGGUGGUUGCUUGUGCCACCGCAGCAGGUUCACCAGCGCUUGGACUAGUUGCUGCAGCUGAUCAAACUGGAGGAAGAGUUAUCUGUAUCGUACGUGAUGAAGAAGAACUUCAUACUUCAAUUAGUACACUUGGAUGGAAUGCCAGUCGCGUUGAGUUUGUUGUUGGGGAACCUCAAACUUUGUUGUCAAGUGAAUACAGAAACGCGGAUCUUGUAGUCAUAGACUGCAAACUUGAAAACCGUGAAGAGAUAUUUAAGGCCGUGCAAAUAUCAGCCGCGAGGGCUAAGACUAAUACCACUGUUUUAGGUUACAAUGCAUUCUGCAAGGAUUCCUGGCAAUGGAGUGGCUCCAAGACUCAGUUUUUGCCCAUUGGAGAUGGCCUGUUGAUGACUACAAUAGCAGCAAAAGUUGAGCCUUCUGGUGGUGAAAAUGGUGGUUUGGGAAAGAGAAGUCGUUGGAUAGUUAAAGUUGACAAGUGUACAGGUGAAGAGCAUGUGUUCAGAGUCAGGUCAUCUCAUGGAAGAGCUAUAAUCAAGGCAUAAAUUAUUCUGAUGUGCUUAAUAUGAAAGAAUGUAAAUAGCAGAUAGUAUUUUGGCAAUUUAAAUAUCUGAAGAUUCUAGCAAGCAAGAUCUUGAAUUGGUUUCUCCAAUCAGAUUUAAGCUGUUCAAAUUGUGAACAAAUAUAUCAGGUGCUUUUCUGAAAUACUUCUUUUCACUCACAAGGACUUGAUCUGUCGAUCAUGUUAAACUAAGUACUUUCUCAUUGCCAACUGAUUCAACACUGGUAGCUCAGUUAAACA